CAAGUAGCUGGCCUACGCAGCUGGUAGGUGUUCUGUGGCCUACGCGCCUACGCUUGUGAUUUGUCCGAACGUGAAGCUGUUACUGCUGUAAUUUGGUGUUUUUGCUAGGUAUCGUCGUGACUCGUUGAAGCCGAGCUGUGCUAUUUUAUGACCUGCGAGUAUGAACUGUGGGUGAGCGUUGCAAGACAGGUUGAACAAUGAGUGGGAUUCUUACAGACGAGCAGAAAAGGCUGAUCGAAGAAAACCGACAGAAAGCUCUAGCUCGGCGAGCCGAACGGCAGAAAGCUGGGGCAGCGUGUGUCGUGCAAAAUGAAACCUCACUUGGUCCACCGAAGUGCCCCUCACUAGCCGUGCAGAAAAGCGUAAAGAAUGCGCCACUCUCUUGCAGUAACUCUGCAGGUUUGCCCGAAAAAACCGUUCCACGCCAAUGGAGCCAGGGUGCGAAACCUGGUCAAGAAGUGCCGCAGAGGGUAAAUGAAGUGACGUUCGCUGCACCAUCGACAAAGCCAGUGUCUGGUUCGUGCGUCAUGAUAUCCGAUGAUCGGUUUCUUGUGGAAGCGCCGUACCACCAACAAAUGAUUGAAAUAUUUCGCACCAUGCCUUCACGAAAGUAUGAUGCGGAGAAGAAACGCUGGAGCUUUCAUAUUACUUGCCACAAUAAUUUAAUGGAGAAACUUAAAUGCCUCAGGCCUGCAGUAUUGGUGGCCGAGAUUCCUAGGCUUGUCUUGAGAGCAUUUUCAGAAAUUCCUGAGAAUUACGAAGUCAGUCUGAACAGCCUCGACUGCAAGCUCGAACAGGCGCUUUUACCCUUUCAAAAAGACGGUGUCCGCUCGGCCGUGCUGCGCAAGGGCCGCAUCUUGAUUGCUGACGACAUGGGUCUUGGCAAAACUAUACAGGGCAUUGCGAUAGCUGCGUACUACCGAGAAGAAUGGCCUGUGCUCGUCGUGACGCCAUCCUCGGUGCGGUUUACUUGGAAGGAGGCCUUCUUGCGCUGGAUGCCAUCGCUGAACCAAGAUCAAGUGACAGUGUUGGUAACUGGUAGUGACAGUGUUUCACCGUGCCAUCAAGUGAUAAUUACCAGCUAUGAUCUUCUGACAAAGAAGACUGAAGACUUGUGUGGUAAGUUCAGUGUUGUCCUUCUGGAUGAGAGCCACUUUAUCAAGAACUCAAAGACUGCACGAACAAAAGCAUGCCAGAAGGCUCUUUCCAAGGCUAAGAGAGUAGUUCUUCUCACAGGCACACCGGCAUUGUCAAGGCCAAUUGAACUGUAUACACAGAUAUGUGCUGUGCAACCAACAUGUUUUUUAAGCAUGCAUGAGUUUGGCAUUCGAUAUUGUGAUGGCAAGAAAAACCAGUGGGGCUGGGACUUCUCUGGCUCAUCCAACAUGCACGAGUUGCAGCUGUUACUUGAAAAAACUGUGAUGAUACGUAGACUUAAAUCUGAUGUACUGUCACAGUUGCCAGCCAAGCAAAGGCAGGUUGUGUUGCUCGACCCUUCACUUGUGAAGACUACUGAUAAACUGCUGCAGUUUAUGGCUCGUGAAAUGCAUAACACCCAACUCAAAGUCGGGGAGAAAAGGGGUGUCCUGCUGGCAUAUUUUCGUGAAACUGGCAUCCAUAAGGUCAAGGCUGUGUGCAAAUACAUUGAGGAUUUGGUGGAAGGUGACCAAAAGUUCCUCUGCUUUGCACACCACCAGGUAGUCUUGGAUAGCAUUAGUGACCUGCUUAAUAGGAAGAACUGCAGCUAUAUUCGCAUUGAUGGCAAGACAUCAUCCGAGUUGCGCAAGCAACAUUGUGACAAGUUCCAGUACAACGACAUGUGCAAAGUUGCACUUCUGAGUAUCACAGCUGCAAAUGCUGGCAUAACACUGAGCUCCGCAAGCUUGGUUAUCUUUGCAGAACUGUUUUGGAAUCCAGGCAUACUCACCCAGGCUGAGGACAGAGUGCAUCGAAUUGGACAGCAGAACUCUGUUGUUAUUCAGUACCUUGUGGCAAAGGGCACAGCUGAUGACUACAUCUGGCCACUUGUGUGCAACAAGUUGGACACUUUGGGAAAAGCAGGACUGAGCAAGGAUAGCUUUUAUGAUGUAGAUUUAAAGAUAUCUGCAGACUCGAAGCAGCCAACCUUAGAAGACUUCUUCAUUGAAGACGAGCAGUGGCCUGAUUUGGCUGAUGAAGAUAGCAGCAGUGAUUGUACUCAAGCAAAAAAAACUAAGCUUCAGUAGUGUGUCAUUUUCUGUGCACAUUAACAAAUGGACUGGUAUGUUUUGUAAUAUCUUAUAUUUUGGAUUUUACAGUAGUACUGCAGUAUUAAAACAAGUAAAAUUAAGUGACAGAUGUGGCGUGCGAAGUGCUGAAUACACGCCAGUUACUUCACGGUUCAACUAGUUUUUGUGAAAUCAAGGAGGAGAGAAUCCUCACUUGAUGGUUGCACAGCUUGUGAAUCUCUUUGAUAUUUCAAGUUUGCAUAGAACUAACAGUUGUGCACACAAUACUGGGAAAAUAAAUGGACACAGAUUUGUCUUUAUUUUAUUCCUGUACUUCACGUAAAGCUCUGACUAAGCACAUUUUGUUAGAAAGGACACUGUUAUAAUACGCUAACUGGCCAUGUUUCAUCAUUAUGGCAUAGUUAUUGUGUUGUGUUUCUCAAUGUUGAAGUCAGGCUAGUGACAUACUAUGGGCUUUGCGUCUGUGUAAGUCAAAUCUGCUACCUUGUCUUUUUGCUGGUUUUACUAAUUCAAUGUGAAGACAGUUUUGUAGUCAAAGGCAGAGCCAUGCGUGAUAAAAAUGACGUGCCAUAACACUGCCAUACACACCAUAUGUAGGAAGAGUGAAGAAGUUCCUGAUAUAACAAAAUUCUAUUCCCCGGCAAGUACCUACAGAGUUCAAUUUCACAAUCAAUCUGAAUUAUCUAAAUAAACUUGACUGCCAAAC